UAUUUAGAAUAGGAAGGAUAUGACUUUUCUGCUGCCAAUAAUUUAUCAAAUACACAAUGGCUGCAGAGAACGCGGAGAAGUCACAAAUAUUUUCUGAAGUUCCACAAAUUUUAACUAUCAUAAAAACAGGAUUUCGGUGGACCUAUAAAGUGGAAUGUGGGCUCAGCACGAGUCAUUUCUACGUCAGUGGAUCAAACAGCAUCAUUAAACACAUGAGUACGAGCGGAGUAUUACUGGAAGAAAUCGUAACCAAAUCCAAAAAUGUUCCUCGUUGUUUCACGGUCAAUAAAAAGGGCCAAUUGAUUUACAGUGACAGUGUAGAUCGAAGUAUCAAUAUCGUUAAAGGUCGUGAAAUCGAGCGUCUAGUAAGACUUGGGGGUUGGAAACCAAAUUCGAUCUGCAGUACGACCGCGGAUGAAAUACUCGUGGCGCUAAAAGCCGACGAUGGAGAUGAAGCGAAAGUAGUUCGUUACUCACAGUCCAAAAUGACUCAAGAAAUACAGUUCAAUAGCGAUGGACAACCUUUAUAUUUCGACCCUCAUUAUAUUGACGAAAACAAAAACUCUGAUAUAGUGGUCAGUGAUUUCGAUAAAAAGGAAAUCAUCGUGGUGGAUGAAUCAGGAAGAUACAGAUUCAGUUACCGUGGAAACCAACUGACCAAAAUGCAUGAGGAAUUUGCUCCGCGUGGUAUAACUACAGACAGCAUGUGCCAAAUUUUGAUAGCAGAUUUUGAUAAUAAUUUGAUACAUAUAAUUGAUCAGGAUGGUCAAUUUUUACGGUAUAUAGAAAAUUGUAACCUGCAUUUACCGUUGGAUCUUAGUACUAACAGUGACAAUGUACUGUUUGUUGUUGAAUAUUACAGCAACAAAGUGAAGGAAGUUAAGUAUUUGAAAUGAACCGAUAGCCAGGAUAAAAUUAUCUAAAAUAAUGUCUGUAUUUGAUGUUGUUAUCAAAGUUUCUUUGGCUUUCUGAAGGUUAAACUAUAUUUGUAAGCUAGUACAUGUAU